GGUCGUCUGAGGUUCAGGUUGUUGGACCGGCUGACCGAGUCGUUGCCUUAAUUGGUGAUGACGUCAUUCUACCAUGUUCCCCGCAACCCAAUGUCAGUGCUGUGGGCAUGAUAGUGAGGUGGACAAGAUUGAACCCGAAAGCAGAAAACGUCCAUUUUUACCGUCAAGGUCGAGACUCCAAUGAGGAUCAGUCUCCAUCCUACAAGGGAAGGACAUCAAUGUUUCAUGAAGAACUGAAGAACGGCAACGUCUCCUUAAAGCUGACCAGAGUUACUCUCUCUGAUACUGGAAGAUACAGGUGCUUCCUUCCAACACUGAUGAAGGAAACCUCCUUUCAACUCAUUGUUGGUGCUGUAUCUCAGCCAGUGAUCUCUAUUGAUGGAACUAAAGGCAUGGGGGUGGUCCUGAAGUGUGAGUCUGGAGGCUGGUUUCCUGAACCUGAGAUGGAGUGGCUGGACAGUUCUGGAACCAUCCUCCCUGCUGAUGGACCUCCAGAGAAACACAGAGACUCAGAGGACCUCUACGCUCUGAGACGACAUGUCACUGUGGACCAGACUGACACCAACAGGUUCACCUGUAGAGUUCACCAGACGGAGAUCAAUCACCUGAAGGAGAAAGAGAUUCAUGUCCCAGAUGACGUGUUUCCUAAAUCACACGUAGGGUUGAUUAUUGGUCUACUAAUAGCAGCAGCUGUUGUAGUUCUUGUAGCUUCAGCUGGUGUCUACAUGUGGAGAAAAUAUAUAGAUAUUGAAGCUUCAGCUUGUUUCUGGCGCAGAAAAUAUACUGAAGAGAAGAAGCUUAGAGAAGAAUUGGAACAACAAGAUGGACUGAAAGAAGAACAUAGUAAGUAGUGUGUGUGUGUCUGU